CUAGGACUCGAGAACAAUUUAGUGAAGGGCAGUAACAGUUUGGAAUUCUGCUCGGAGAGUGGGAAUUGAUGCCAGAAGGUUUCAUCAGUUUCUUUUAUUUAAGCUCACCUCUUGAGUGGUGAAGGGGGCUUCCCCAGAAUCAAGUCAAAUGUUGCCCCUGGGUGAGAAAAUCAAGCGUUAUCUGACGUUCGCCUCAGGGAUCUUCGAGUGCCUUGGCUUUGCUGGUGCAAUCUUCGGCUGGGCUUCUUUGGUCUUCGUACUGAAGGAGGAGGGCUAUUUCUAUGACCUCUGUACCUCGCCGCACAAUGUUACUGAGCCUGGAGGCAGUAAUGGCACAGUGGACUGUCACCUCCAGGAUGAGCGUUUCGCUCUCAUUUUCACCAUGGCCUCCUUCAUGGACAGCUUCACCACCUUGCCUGGUGGUUUCAUCUUCGAUAACCUUGGCACCAUGCCUGCCCAGUUCAUGGCCAUAUCCAUGUACACCACAGGAACACUGCUGAUUGCCUUUUCUACAGCAGCGUCCUCUGUGUUGCUGUUCCCUGCAGCCUGCUUAAUCGCGGUGGGAGGUGGAACAUUCUACAUCUCCAACAUGCAGGUUGGAAACUUAUUUGGAGAUCGACGGUCCACAGUGAUCACUUUGUACAAUGGGGCCUUCGCUUCGUCAUCCUGUUCAUUUCUACUUGUUAAAGUAUUUUACCAGGCUGGUUUCUCAGUGAGAUCCAUUUUCCUGUUCAUUAGCUCAAUGAGCAUUGUCCAUGUGCUGCGUGUAUUAUUUCUCCUCCCCAGCAAGCAUAUCCCUUAUCCCCUACCAGAGGAUUACACAUAUGGAAUCACUUGCAAGAAAUUUGGGUUGGACUCAUUGCCCCGUGAAGAAGAGACAACAAAACAGAUGAAGCCUUUGCGUGGAGAAAAUGAGGCAGAGGGAAAAAUGGACAAGGGUUCUGAAAGCAAGCAGUGGGAGGUGGAAGAGAAAACAGAAAAGACAGAGCUGAUUGAUCAUUUUAAUUCCCAACCCAAAACUUCAAAAGGGACUGAGGUGAAGAAGGAAAAAGCCCGCUCAUUCAGGAGCUGCAUCUUCUCCAAACUGUUUGCCACUCAUCUGCUGUGGAUUUCUGUUCUGCAGCUCCGACACUACCUAUUCAUAGGCACUCUGAACCCCACGCUCACACUGAUGUCACACGGCAGCACCACAGAGGUAAGCAAGUAUACAAAUGCAUUCGCCCUCACACAGAUCUGUGGUAUAUUCUGUGCUCCGUGGAAUGGGAUAGUGAUGGACUGGCUGCAAUACAGAGACAAAACCUCUGAUGCUAUUUCAGAUCCAGUUGUUUCAAAGCGUUUGGCUGGCAUGCGGUCAGCUGUGGUUUCUCUCAUUAUCACCAUCACCCAGUGUGUCCUGUUCUCGAUAUCGGCGACUAUUCCUGUCCUGGAGGUUCAGUAUUUGUCGUUUAUCUUACAAGUGAUCAACCAUUCCUUCCUGUAUGGGGGAGAUGCAGCCUUCAUCAGCAUUUUGUACCCUUCCUGUCAUUUUGGGAAGAUCUAUGGUGUGGGACAGACACUUUCAGCGUUUAUUUCGCUGCUUCAGUACCCUUGCUUCGCACUGAUCCAGGGACCCUUGAAUAAUGACCCUCUCUUUAUGAACAUUGGAUUCAUCAUCCUAGUAAUCCUAACCUACAUACAUCCCUUAAACCUGUACCUGCACUGGCGAAAGGAACUCCAGCAAAGAGUCACCAUUAAGAGUCCCCAAGCUGGGGUCAAGAUACAGGGAGUUGAGCUGACGAAGGACACAGAUAUCUGAGCUGCUCAUCAGUUUGUGUGUGUGUGUGUGUGUGUGUGUGUGUGUGUGUGUGUGUGUGUGUGUGUGUGUGUGUGUGUGUGUGUGUGUAUGUGUGUGUGUGUGUGUGUGUGUGUGUGUGUGUGUGUUUGUGUGUGUGUGUGCACAAAUAGGAUAUAGAAUUGUACAUCACAGGAAUAGGCCCUUCAGUCCACGAUGUUGUGCCAAACAUGAUACAAAAUUAAGAUAAUCCCUUCUGCCUGCCCUUGGUCCAUAUCCUUCCAUUCCUUGCCUAUUCAUAUGCUUACCUAAAAUCCCCUAAAACACCCCUAUCAUUUCUGCCUCCACCACCACUCCUGGCAGUGUGAUCCAGAGUCCUACAAUCCUCUGUGUAAAACAAACUUGUCUCUCACAUCUCCUUUAAGCAUCCCCCUCUCAUUAAAUGCAUGCUCCCUUAGACAUUUCAACUCUGGGAAGAAGAUUCUGACCAUCAACUCUAUCUAUUCAUCUCAUAAUUUUAUCGACUUCUAUCCAGUCUCUCCUCAGCCUCUGCUAUUCCAGAGAAAACAAUCCAAGUUUUUUCUAAACUCUCCUUAAAGCAAAUACUGUCUAAUUCAGGAACAUUUUGUUAAACCUCUUUUGCACACUCUCUGAAGCCUUCACAUCCUUUCUGUGAUGUGGAAACCAGAACUGCAUGUCAUAUUUGGUCUAACCAAAAUCUUAUAAAGCUGCAACAUGACAUCCUGACUCUUGUACUCAAUUCCCCGACCAAUAAAGGCAAGCAUGCCAUACAUCUUCAUUACCACCCUAUCUACUUGUGUAGCCACUUCCAGGGAGAUGUGGGCUUGAACCCUAACAGCCUCUGUACCUCAAUGAUGUCCAUGUAGACAAUGUCCACUGCUCUACCUUCAUCGAUCACUUUUGUCAGCUCCUGGAAAACUUCAAUCAAGUUAGUGAGACAUGACCUGCCCCUGCACAAAGCCAUGUUGACUGUCCCUAAUUAGCUCAUACUUUUCUAAAUGAGUUUCAAUUCUAUCCCUCAGAAUUCUCUCCAAUAGCUUCCCAAUCGUUGAUUUGAGACUCACCGCAUAUGAGAGUCUAUAUGUUUCUGUGUGCGGAGUUUGAAUAUGUACGUGUAGGCCCAUGCCCGUUGACUGUAUGCAGUCUGGAGAUUAUUUUUUUCAGUAUGUGUACAGUGUCAACAUCUAUCUGUGAGGGUAGGGUCUGUUGCGGAAUUAGAACGUAAACAUAGAGCAUUACAGCACAGUACAGGCCCUUCGGCCCUCGAUGUUGUGCCAACCUGUCAUACCGAGCUGAAGCCCAUUAAAUUGUUUAUGAUAAAGUAAAUACAGUCACCAUCAUCUCAGAGCUCCGCUCUACCAUUAGAGAGAAAGAGAUCUGGUGGUGGGGAGAGGGCAAAAAUGUGGGACUGUCCUGGGCAGCUCAGCUGGUCCGGGAAUUAGAGCCGCACUGUUGCUGCUGCCGUGCACAGAGAUAAACCGAACACCUCCUGGGUGGUGUGUGUUACAGCUCAGGAAAUGUGCCAACAGGGUCUCACUGGGAAAACUGGUGCCUCGGAGUGGCGAGUUUCGGGGGCACGAUCAAUGAGGCGUGAGCAAGCAGGAUGGGUGGGCAUGGAACGGCUUUGGGUGUUCAUGUUGCAGCAUGCGACUAUAAAGCUCUGCAGAAUCAGUGUACAUCAGGUGGAUUUGUGCUGCUGUGGGGUUGGGGGGAGUCAGAAUAUAUGAGUGCAUAGGUCAGUGCUGUGCAGGCACACGGGCUGUAGGAGGGGACAUCCAGAGCCCACACAGUUGGGAUGAACAGGGUGGCUGGUGUACAAGGUGAGGAUCUGCAGGGGUGAAACUGCACACGGUAUGGGUUAUGACACCCAGUGGGAGGGGGAUGUGAGAUUUGGAUCUGAGAUAAAGCACAGAAUUAUACCUAAGCCAAUCCAAUUAUUUAUUUAAAAGUAUCAAUGAGAAAACCCUCUGAAUCUGAUGAUGACAUGAGUUGCACGAUUCUGUAAUAGCCUACUCAGAAAAUGGAAUCAUUUCGUGAUGAAUAAACAGUGUUAUCUAUUUUGAA